AUGCAGGAAGCCAAGCAGAAGUCCGCCGACGCGGCUGCGUCUCGACCGAAGACGGUGAACAAGAGCACGACAACUCCAUUAGCUGCGAAGUCCGUCGCUUCUGUGAAUAACAACGCGCCAACGCGGACGCCAGCGAUCCCCGUGGGCUUCUUCGAUGACUCGGUCGCUGACGCCAAAGCGCGGCACGUGGACGUGCAGCAACUGGCCGAGAAGCAGCUCGAGUCGGACUGGGAGGCAUUCCAGGAGUUUGCUGCGGAGGUGGAGCAGGAAUCAGCCAAGGAGGAGCUCGUGCAAAAGCAGGAGACGAAGGAGCGUGAGGCGGUCGAGGAGCUCGAGAACAUGCAGUACGUGGACAGAUACCGCGUGGCUCUCGAGCGUGUCACCAGUCUUCGCAAUGGGGAGAAGAAGAGCAGGACCGACAAGAGGAAAGCGGUGAGCUCGAGUCCUCACGUCCUUGAAGAAAAAGACGACGACGACGAUAUCGAGGCGCUUGACGCCGGAAGAGUUGAAUCGGCAGUGCUCGAGUUGAGGAAGAAGAAGAGGAAGACAAGCGACAAUCAGCAGCAGCAGCAGACGGACAGCGACGACUCGAGCGAGCUGUGUAACUGGAGAUCUCGUGGCUUCUAA